AUUAAAGAAUUUUAACAAAUCACAAUUGAUUAGGUUUGUAUAAACUUUUUAUUGCCAAUAAUAAUAAGAAUGGAGCAUGGAAUACUUAUUAUGAACGUACCGCCAUUCACGCCUGCAGAUUGAAGUCAGGGAGUGAUCUUCACGAUCUCACCGCCAUCUUUCUCUCUCUCAUCUCCAAUUUCCAUUCCAAUCCCCGGAUCACCACAAGACCUUUUCUUUUGCACCUCAACUUUCUCAAACAAAUCAACCAACCAAACCUUCCCUUUCCCUUUUCCUCUCUUAUUUCUCUUCUUGCUAUUUCGCCAUUGGAUUCUUUUUCACAAUUUUCCCCAAAGAACCAACUCUUAUGUUACCCAAUUCUGCAUCCCUUUAAAUAAAGUUUGAUUCUUUUUAGGAACCCUCUCUCUGUCUCUGCCUGUUUGUGUGUUUACGUGAUUCUUGAUUUGGCUUUGUGCUUUUUUCGCUUUGUCAUGUCAGAUAUAUAUAUUGAGUAGAAGAGGGCUUGUUUUUAUCCUGUGGGUGUGAUUGGGCUUGAGAAAAGAUGGGGUUUGAUGAGAAGAAAGGGGAGGAUAAGAAGGAGGCUACUGCAGUUUCAGAGACUAAUAAAGUUGCAGAUUCAGAUGCUGAGACUGACAAUGAAGGAGGUGGAGGGAGGCCGAUGAGUGAGAGCUCCUUUUACACUACUGAGGAGGAGGAGGAUGAGGACACUGCAAAUAAGAUUCAGUUGGGGCCUCAAGUUACUCUCAAAGAACAGUUUGAGAAAGACAAGGAUGAUGAGAGCUUGAGAAGGUGGAAGGAGCAACUUCUUGGGAGUGUGGAUAUCAAUGCUGUUGGAGAAUCUCUGGAAGCAGAAGUGAAGAUACUGAGCCUUUCCAUUCUAUCUCCUGGUAGAUCUGAAAUCGUUCUCCCAAUCCCCAGGGAUGGAAAUCCUCCUAGCCCGUGGUUCACAUUGAAAGAAGGGAGCCGUUACAGCCUUAAAUUUGCAUUCCAGGUCAGCAAUAACAUAGUUUCUGGUCUGAAAUACACAAACACAGUAUGGAAAACUGGCAUGAAAGUGGAUGGAUCAAAAGAAAUGAUCGGGACCUUUAGUCCUCAACUGGAGCCUUAUACUCAUGAAAUGCCAGAAGAGACAACGCCCUCUGGGAUGUUUGCUCGAGGAUCAUACUCCGCGAGGACAAAGUUCCUUGACGACGAUAAUAAGUGUCACCUGGAGAUCAACUAUACAUUUGAAAUCAAGAAAGAAUGGGCUGCAACAGAGUAAUCUUGAACAUUGUUACCUGGGAUGUUUCUUUUUGUUCAUCAUUAGUUAAUUAUGUUUGUCUUUUCCACUGUUUUUUUUUUUCUGGAGAGGAAAGGGGAAAACUCCUGCUGCACUUGAUAGGAGUGGUAGAACUUAAAUAGCAAGUUAGAUUCUUUGUUUUUUUUUUUUUUUUUUGUUUUGUUCAAUAAAGUUGAGAUUUGGACCAUUA